UGAGUACAGACCAACCUGUGUACCUGGAAAAGUUUUAAAGCAUUGUUGGACGUAGAUAAAUAAAAUUCAAUUAGUUCAACAUUAAAACUUAACUGUAUUUUUCUGUGCAUUUUUCCGUUAUUACAGAAGGUGACAAAAUAAAAUAAGUUGGGAAAGAUGUUUGAGAAGUUCCCCUCAUAUAAAUAAUUGUAUUGAUUGGCACGGAUAACAGAUGGACAAUGGAAACUGUUUAACAUCUAGUGAACCUUAUCAAGUGAAAGUCAGUUGAAGGACUUUUUAACAGAAGAUGCGAAGCUCUCUUGGAUAACUAGAAUAUGGCUGGAUUCAACUUUAUACGGCAUCCAUUCGCAUUUCCAUCAUGGAUUCCUACUGUUCAGCCUGGCCGAAUUGUGGGGCAUGCAGCAGAAGACAACUAUACAGAAGAAAAUAUUGGAGUGGAUGAAAUGUGUUCCUCUGCUGAUCCAUUUGUCCGUAGCUUCUAUGGUGACAAGGGAAAUCGAGAGUUGUCUGUGGGCAAUUAUAGAGCUGCCUUAUAUUCUUACUCAAUAGCACUUUCCUGCUUUGAUUCCAAUAGAGUAGAUUGCAAUAGCGAACUGUCGAUUUUGUUGAGGAAUAUGUCAGAAUGUCACCUUCAGUUGGGGAAUAUUGACAAUGCAUAUAGGACUGCAAAAGAUAGUUUAAAAUAUAAUCAUUCAUGUAACAAGGCGCAAUUGAUGCUGGGAGAUGUAUGUGCUGCUAAAAACGAACACCAAAAGGCCUUUAAGAUGUAUUCACGUGUACUGUCGAACUAUAGUAGGUGCAAUUCUCAUCCUCGUGGUAUGGAUGAGUCCAUGGAGUCUAUAGAAGCAGAUAUUCUAAAGAAAUGUUGCAUUCAUUAUAUGCAUUUGGAUAAAUCAAAGUAUCCAAAUAAUUUUCAUCGCAUAUUGGGUAUAGAUAUCAUGUGCAAUGUAUGGAUAGAUGUCUUAUACAGUUUUAUGGUGGAAAAGAAUAUAAGGGCGGCGAUGUUUGUAGAAAAUAUGAUCCAGUAUACAGCACGAAAGCCAUGUGUGUUUGUGAUGAAGAGAUUUAAUCUCAGACCUCUUUGUGAUAUGAAUUUUAUUCAGUCCUAUCCUCAAUGUGUGUCUCAUAUUAGCUUCUUUGUUAGUCUUGGAAGCAAUUACACAGAAUUAUCAACCGAGGAAGGAGAUACAUUCAUCCACGCAGCUGUAAAAAUGGCAUUAACAUCAGGAGAAAUAGGUGUUCUUCGAUUCAUUUGUGAUGAAAUCAAGAUAGAAAAACAUCCGCCUAAUCUUCUGGACUGUUCUGGUAACACAGCACUUCAUUUAGCUACCAAACAAAGAACUGAGUAUUGUAUUAGUAUUUGGAUAUUUGACGUAGUUGUAAAAAUGCUACUUGAAGUUGGAAUUGAUCCUUUUGCAAAGAACAUUGAUGGAAAAAUUGCCUUCGAACUGCUUUUACAAGAUGAUAAGAAAUCUAAAAGGAUCCUUCAGAAAUACAAUGCAUCAGUAAUUGAACCACUAGAAGUACAAUGCAAAGAGAAAAGAUGUGUACAAAGAGACCAUGUGAUUGAUUUACAAGGGGGAAAGAAAAAAGAAAAAGACAAGCCGAAUUUAGGAAGAGAGAGAAGUGUACAAAAAGAGCAACUGAUUGGUCAAAAAGGGACAAAGAAAAUAGAAAAAGACGAACCAGAUUUAGAAAGAGAGCCAGACCAAACACAUAUGCACGAGGAUAAAUGUCAUGAGUGUCUAGCAAAAUUUACUACUUGUCAAAACAGUAUUCUAGAGGAUUCGACGACAUCCUUAGUAGAACUUUCAAGACUAAUAAAGUCAAAGCACAAGGGUCCAAGACACAGGGACAUUAUAGAAAAUUCAAUAAAACUGAUUACCGAUUUCCUCGCAGAAUCAACAGUUUGUGAAAUUCCCCCAGAGUUAUGCCGAAUAUCCCAAAAACUAUUUAAACGGGUCAUUGACGAAUUAAAAAAUCAACAGAAAUGGCUUCAGGUUUGCAACCUUGCAUUGAAGCAUUCAAAACUUCACGGAGAUAACCUGUAUUCUGGGUUUGCAGCUGGUAUUCCACUGGAUUCAGUAUUAUAUCUUCUUACAGAGAAAAAUCUUUCACGAAAUACUAAAGAAAUCAUUGACUGGUUCUUUCAAAAUGGCGGAUCAGUAGCAGACGGAGGCAGAAAAUGUAUAAGAAUUGUUACUGAAAGGAAAUACUAUCAGUUAAUAGAAACUUUGGUCUGCAGUCAUGAAUGCGACCCUCAGCAUUUAAGCCUAUACUCUGGAGAUACACCGAUUCAUGCAGUCUUGGAUAUAGCUGUAAAGAUGGAUCAAGAUAAUAUAUCAGUUUUCAAGAAGUGUAUGGAAUUAUAUGACAAAAAUUCUAUACGAUAUGAAUAUUUGGACCCUGGACAACGAGAUAAAAAUGGUGACACAUUGUUCCACUUAAUUGCCAAACACAAUUUAAACAAAACAACUCAGAGGUUGGCUGAUAUUUUACAAAAGAUGCAAGUUCGGUGUGAAAUUCAAAACAAAGAAGGAAAAUAUCCCCAUGAUUAUGUAAAAGUAGAUGACCCACGGUCCAAAAUAUUUCAGGAAGCAAUUGAGUAUGAAACGAACGCUUUGAAAUCUCAGACACUGUGUAACACCCCGAAUAUCCCUAAAACACAAAGCGCAAGUGUUGUGACAAAUUUGAUUGCUAAACCUGUACGAAAGAAAUCAGAUACUAGUGAUUUCUCAGAGAUCAAUCCAUCAAACGAAAAGGAAGCAAAUGACAAACCGGUAGAAGCUAAACCCGAUAUAGAAAUUAAAGAAGAUCCAGAGAUUCAAGAAUCAAAUCUUACACAGAUAAUACAAAUGAUAAAAAGUUUGGAAAGUAAGCAAAAACCUAAAGUGGAAAAAGAUGACCAAGAUAAAACCGAGCGCGGCUUGACUACUGAAUCUGGUCAUGGUGAUGAUUGUGUCAUUGAAGACGUGAAUUUAGAUGAUACUCAAUUUGAAAUCACACGUGGAAUGUUUGAAGAUCCAGUAUGGGAGAUGCAAUAUACUUAUGACUUUCGGAAGUGUAUGAGAGACACCCACAUUAUGCCAGGCAUAAAAAAAAGGAUAAAAGAAACAAUUAAGUCUCUUGUGUCUGGACAAUGGACAAACGUUCUUUGUAAGAAAUUACAUACACGUUCCAAAAUAAUUGGCCUGUACGAGGCAAAACUUAGUAAAGGAAGCAGACUUCUCUGGGAAGUUGCGAUCGCAUUUUCACCACGAUUAACCACGGAAAAUAAUCCUUUAUACACCCAAGUAAUCAUACUUUGGGAUGUUGUCAUGGAACAUAAAAAUAUUCACCAGUCGGUGGAAAGAAUUGUUAAAUCUUAUGAAAAAGGAUCAAAAAGUUUAAUUCAGAAAAAAAUACAAAUUAAUAACAAUACUUUCGAUAAUACUUAUGUGAAACAUCCUAUUAUUUAUGAGCCUGCACGUGAGGAUAGUGCUCCAUGCCAAAUAAUAACUCUGUAUCCUCCAGCAAAUUCGAAUGACAACGAAUACACUACAAUAAAGUUUUAUACGUUUUCAUCAAAUGUUGCCUUUUCAAUUUUACAUGAACGUAAGGGGGAAUUUCCCUUUCGAGUCACAGAUUUGGAAUAUCACAUCAUUAACUUGCCAUUUACAGCACCAGUAGUAGUUAUUGGUCGCAGUGGCACAGGAAAAACAACUUGUUGUAUCUAUCGUCUUUGGUACCGGUUUCAACAGUAUUGGUCUAUUCAUAAUCUAGACAACAAAACCUUAAAAGACGUAGAAAUAGUGGAAAAUAGUGAACGUCACAAAGUAUUAAUAGGUAUCAAUUGUGCUUCUACCACGAAAGAAGAAACACCUUUUGACGACGUCGAAAUAAUGCAUCCAUCUGAGGACAGACACAGAGUAGUUACAUGCAUCCAAGAUCCUACCAUGCAGUUUCGAGAAGAAAAAACAGAAGAGGUAAGAUCAAUGAUAAGUAGUGAUACUUUUACCAAUGGUAACACAAAUGGAAUGUCGGCUGUAAAGGACAGUACAAAUUUCGGGGCAAUUGAAUAUAUGACAGAUCAAGUUGACUCGGAAACCUUAGAAAAGGUUGAACAUCAUUUGCGUCAGGUAUUCAUAACCAAAAACGGUGUACUCUGCUCAGAAGUUCGAAAGAGUUUUAGAGGAUUUAUGAUUGGUGAUGGUAUUACUGCUGCACAUUGGAUACUGGAAGACACAGAUUUGCCAAAUCGUCUUCAAGAUCUUUCUGACAAACAGUAUCCCCUUUUUGUCACAGCAAAGUACUUUUGGUUGAUGUUUGAUGCAACAUUAGGAGCGCCAUAUUAUUUUGAUAGAAACCCUGAUGAUGGGAGUCUAAAAGCUGAUAUUAAAGGAUGGACCGAUGUUGAUGACAUAUCUAUAUUACUUUGUAUGGAGGAAGAGGACUAUGACAGUGAUAGCACCGAUGAAAAUGAGAACAGCAACACAGAACACAAAUCACAGUCAGAAAGGAUUUCCCAAAAGAAAAAAAGAAAACCUGACCCUAGAAGAGAAGUUACUUAUAAUGUGUUUGAAGAACUUUUGUGGCCGCAAAUGAUUGGAAAAACUAAGGUACACAAAAACAGAUACCACCCAUUAUUGAUUUGGACAGAGAUAAUGUCUUUUAUUAAAGGUUCUUUUGAGGCACUUGCAUCUGAGAAAGACUAUCUGUCGAAAGCCGAGUACUUUGAAAUGGGACGAAAGCAAGCACCAGCCUUUGUUGACGAUCGGGAAACUCUGUAUGAACUAUUUUUGAUAUACGAACAUAUGCGACGACAGAAAUGUUUAUUUGAUCAAACAGACGUAGUUAAAAAUCUGUAUCGACGAUUUAUGAAGCAGAAAAGAAGAAAAUGGAUUGUACAUGAAAUAUAUGUGGAUGAAGCCCAAGAUUUCACUCAAUCUGAACUGUAUCUUCUGAUCAACCUUUGCGAAAGUCCAAAUGGAAUGUUUCUUACUGGUGAUACAGCUCAGAGUAUUAUGAAAGGAGUUUCAUUCCGGUUUAAAGACUUGGUUAGUCUGUUCCACCACACAAGCAAGAACCUGACGAUGAAAGCGGUUGAUGUUUCUACAAUACUAAAACGUGUGCACAACCUUCCACAUAACUACAGAUCUCACAGUGGUAUUACAGAACUAGCAAAAAGCGUUCUUGACAUUCUAGCUGACUUAUUUUCGGAUUCGUUUGACAAACUUCCAGAUGAACAAUGUGUUUUUAAUGGCCCAAAGCCUGUCAUACUUUAUGCAUAUUCUCCGGAUGAUUUAAUAAAAAUGUUAUGCCAACAUAAACAAGACACAUCACAAAUAGAGUUUGGUGCUCACCAAGCGAUUCUCGUAGUUGAUGACGACGCACGUGACAAAGUGCCGGAAGAAUUGAAAACUGGAAUUGUUCUAACAUUAUAUGAAGCAAAAGGACUAGAGUUUGAUGAUAUACUGUUGUUCAACAUUUUCAAAAAUUCACAGGCUUCGAAAGAAUGGAGAGUUGUUACAGACUUUUUGCAGAGACAUACAGCAGACAAGACUUUGCAAACAGAAUAUUCGUCAAGACCUUUGACGUUUGAUCAGAAGUUACAUAAAGUGCUAAAUUCAGAAUUGAAACAGCUCUAUACAGCAAUUACUCGAGCCAGAGUUAACGUUUGGAUAUUUGAUGAAGACGUUGAAAAAAGGACACCUAUGUUUCAAUACUUUACAGCUCUUGAUUUAGUUAAAACCUCUACUGAGAGAAAUUUUACGGUUCAGUCCACACCUGCAGAGUGGAUGUCAAGCGGAGAGAAACUGAUGAAAAGGGAAUUAUAUGACCAGGCGGCACAAUGUUUUAAAAUGGCUGGUUGUAUUUAUAAAUAAGAAUUGGCAUUUGCUUAUUUACAUUAUAAAAAUGCACGCAAAAAAAAUCAAAACAGCAGUGAAAUGAGAGAAGAAUUAUAUGAAGCAACUUUAAAGUUUAUGAAGUUGAAAAGGACUAAGGAGGCGGCAAACUGUCUUGCGAUGGCUAAACAUUAUGAUCUGGCAGCUGAGAUAUACGAAAAGAGACAACGGUUUGAGAAAGCUGCCGAAAUGUAUAGGAGAAGUAAUAAACCUACAGAUUGUUGCCGAAUUUAUGAACACAUUGGUCGUUUUGACAAAGCUAUUGAUGUUCUACAAGAAUUCAACAUGUACGAUGCAGCAAUAUCAUCAUUGCGAAGAUAUAAUGAGAGAAAGCAGUCAAAACAGACAAGAAUGGAGUACAGUAUACUUGAACAUUUUUACAUGCCAAAAAAAAUGUAUGGAAGUUUUGAAGCAAAAUGCUACCAUUGCUCUUCUGUAAUAUGUGGAAGCUCGAAAGGUACUUCAAAUCUUAUGACUCACAUGAGGAGAAAACAUAAGGAAGUACUUCUGAAAACACCAAUACAACCUGAAGAAUCUGAAUUACAAAACUUAGACCAUGGUUAUUUUGAGGAUCAAAUAAUUAGAAAUGCCGCUAGUCACUACCAUAAACAUCAAGAUACAGAUCAAAUGUUAAAAGCCCUAGACAAUAUAAGCAGUUUAUCAGUAAUAAUUGAAUUCUUAACAAGUCGCUAUAAUGGCAGAAAGGAAUACGUCACAUAUGCUGCAAGAAUACUUAUCAACAAAGGGGAAACAAAAGAGGCUGUUGAAUUAUACAAGAAGUACGGUUUUCCAGAAGAUGCGUUUCAAUUCUGUGAUACAAGUAGAGACGCUUUUUCAUAUAGUCAUUGUUUGAUCUUCGACUCUCUCCUUCAUAUGAAAAUUAAACCCGAUGGUAGUGCAAACGUCAGGGAAGCUCGAAAAGUCGAAGAAAAUUUGAAGAAAUCGAUUAGCAUGCUUUUGAAAUGCAAAAGAGGAAACAGUCAAGAAAGUAUUGAUGUCCUUACCAAUACAGAGGGUGAGGCAAAUUUGCUUCUUGGUAGACUAACUGGACGUCAAAACUACAUUGAACUGGCUUUUGAAAUGUUUAAAGCUAGACAACCACUUGAAAACAAAUGGGGCAAAAUGGAAUGUUUGAAUUGGAUGAUGAAUAUCUCGGAUUUAAAGCGGGCCUCCAAUUUGGAUUUAGUAGUGAAGUGUUUGCAAGAUACAUUAGCAGUCCUUUAUACGAUAACUUCCAAGAAUAACUGCCUAGAACAAAUACAACUGCUGGAAGAUUAUGGGGUAAAACAGGAGGGAGAAAAAUUCUUUUACAAUCCUAGACUAAACCCUCCAAUACGUAGACUUAUGAAAAAAGUCAAGAAUAAGUCUGUAAAAGAGGAAGUUGAAAAAAGAGAAGUUCGUCGUGUAAUAGUCAUUGAUUUAUUAACGAAGAGUAACAAGUGGUAUUGGAAGUUAUUACCAAUUGUUGAGAAGAAAUAUGUAAAUGCAUUGUCUGUUGACGAGUUAAAUAGGUACUGUUCCACAUUCAAGAAUUUGGAAAAAUUGCUAGAAAGUCAAGUUCAGAAAAUAAGACUUGAUUAUUUUCUUCAUCGUAUCAAAACAUUCUCGAAUCCUGUUACAAAAGAAGAAAACCAAAUUCUUCGACAAUUCAAAACUAAUACUGGUGAAUUUAUGUCAUGCCGACAUCUGAUUCGAGACAUGAUUCAGAUUGUUUCUCAGUUUAAUAAUCUUUCUGUGAAGGAAUGCAAUUUUAUACGUGGACAACUUAUGAAGGUUAGAGAAGAAAUGGACAAUAAUUUCAAAUCUCAUUUGUCAAUAGCAGAAGAUAAAUUAUAUGACAAGAGAGAAAAAAAUAUUUCAACUUUUGUAGAAAUGAUCACUUAUCAUAAACUAUUUGGAUUGAGUGUAGAUGUCAAAAAAUGCAUUUUGGACUUCGAGAAUUCGAUAUCAGAAGAACUAUUGACCUAUUUACAAGAUAAAAGCUGUUCUUACGAUCAAAGUAUAACUAAAGUGCGAAAACUUGGUUUUAUGGUUCCUGAUUUUACUGAUAAACCAGUAGUUAUAUCUAUUGUUCGAUCGUUUGCUGAUAGUGUCAUUGAAAUGCGUGAGCAACGGUACCCUUACCGGGCUAUGAGAAGUUUCAGUGUCUUUGUUGAGAGACUUCAUAAGCAGCGAACAGAAUAUACAUUACCAGAACUGAAUUUAUUGCUAUCAUGGAUAAAAUAUUACACAUUUGUUGGUUUUGUACUGCAGUCGAAAAUCGCUACCUGUUGGAAAAGGGAUGACUUUCAGUUUUUUAUUUCAUCAUCAUUUUUAGACACGGUAAAGUACAUAGAGUUUACACUAUUCGACGACAAAUUGUCAACGGAGAAACUGAUUGCAUGUAAUGAUUUUAAAAAGAUGCCACAAAUUAAUGAUAUUUGUAAUAUUCUAGAAAGGUUUGUUCAGUUAGUCUCUGGACUACGAAGCAAGAUAAACAUAACCAAUAUUGCCUUCAAGAGACUCAUGAAGUCAUGUCAAUUACGAAAAAUGGAGUCGGGAAAACCCGAUGAAAGUUCUUUUCAUUCUGAUGUAGCAGUUGUUGAAAAUGUGAUUUGUUGGAGUUUAAUAUUCGUAAUAAAUAUGGAUGUCGCAGUGUUGACGCAAUCUGAAACUGAAGUUCUAAAACAAUUGUCAGUGUAUCACAAUCCAGAUCUUUAUCCAAAACGAAUAUCGAACAUCUUAGCAGGAAUAAAAAGUGCUACUGGUAUAAAUAACAUCAGAAGAAGCUUACAUGAUUUUAUCACAAACAGAGGUGAGAAAUUGUUACGAUGUAAAUGGGAUGAACAGAAAGGAUGUAUAAUUCAAGGAGAAUGUGACACAAAAAUAGACUCAAUGGACACAUUCCACCUUCUUGGAACACUUAAGAUCCUUACAGAUCAAGAUCAAUUUAAAGCAGAGGCUGCAGGUGAGGAAGAUAUAAUUGAAAUGGAGGAAAUUAAAGUUACGGACGUUGAAGUCAAAACAGUUUUUGAGGAUCGCAAAAAACAAAGUAUUCGAACAAAUGAUACGGAAUCAAAUGCAAAAAUGAUCAAGGAAACUUUUCAUUUUGAAUCUGGUCUGAGAGAAAUUAUAAAUGAUCCUUUUUUUGCAAAGAUAGUAAUUAAUGAGGCAAGAUGUGGCCUUUGCGAUGAGAUAUUCGAAGAUAAAACUAUCGAUCAGAAAGACCAUCAAAGUGAAAGGAAUGUCAGUAGAGUUACGGAUAAUUCAGUAUCUACUAAAUUAAGUAUGAAGUCUAUUGCAAAUUCUCUAUGGUCACAUUUAGAUAAGAAUACAACAGCGGCUUCAAAAUUGUCCCCUGUGGCUGAGUCUUUAUCAGUACAGUCAAAUCAAAAUCAGUACACGUCGUCAGUUGAUGAAACAAAAAAUUCAUUGCAAUCUUAUGUAGAUAGACAUGUAGAAACAAUUAUGCCUCCAGAAAGAAAUGAGGGAAGUUUUACUGCUCCUUUGCCAUAUCAUAAGAUGCAUCAGACCGAAGCAUCUAUACGUACAUAUGUGGAACAUAUGGGCUCUACGUCUCAUCAGGAAAGACUAGCUGAUAUUCGUCAGUUUCAUCAAUUCUAUCAAAAAUUUGUAAAACCUAUUUUGGAAAUGACGAGCAAGUUUAUAUCAAAAUAUGGAUUGUUCACACAAGAAAAUAGACAACGGUUUGAUGAAGAUAUGAGAAUAAGCAAGCUUGUCAUUCUCUAUGAGGAGUGUAACGUAGAUCUACAUGAAAUUGUCAGAUUAAAAACAUGGAACGCAUACCAUAUAAAAUGGAAAUUACGAGAGUUAGAAAAUCUACACAAUGAUGUAAAGAAAAGUGUCAAGGAGUUGUUCGAUGUUAAUAAUCGA